CUCCGGAAACAGGAAUCAUUUAAAGCCUCUCUUUAUGCGUUUAAAAAAAUCGCAGAAUAUCUUAGACAUAAUAUAAGACUUAGAAAACAAUAUUUUGUUGAUUAGGAAGCUAUUUGGGAUUUAUUCAUAGCUCUUUCGAGACCCAGACCUGUUGGAAUCGAUUCCGAUUCCGAUUCCCAUUCCAAAUUGUGUUAGGAAUCGAUUCGAGAACUUACAACGAUUUAUUUAUUUAUUUAUUUAUUUUUCACGGAACCCAGUUCGAGCAGAUAUUUGUGUAAAAUAUAUAGUGUGAUACGGAUUAACUGGAAACAUUGGUGUCCUGCGUUUCUAAUUGACCUUGAGCCUAAAUCGCAGUAGAACCGACUCCCAAGCUCCCUCGUAUUUCCAAUUCCUAGAAUCGUAGAGUCGAUUCUUUAAGAAGUCGACUCUUAGCUUAAUUUCCAGGUAAUAACACCAGUCAUAGAGGCUUAUCUGUCAUAUGCAGCAUGAUAACGGUAAGAUAAAGCUCCUGAGCUUCUGGUGACUCCGUGUGCGCCAUGCAGAGACGCCACAGCAGUAACACCGAUGGCAUGCCACCUGAAAGGAACAGGAGUCAAACGCUCGGAUCCGAGAGCAGCCUGGACGAAGGAGGUGUGUUCGACUGUUUAAAACCCGAGUCUCCUUCCUCGCCCCAGCAGCUUUUCUCAGGCCUGGUCGGUGUGUCCGCCAGCGCAGUGACCUCGGCUCCUUUCCAAGCUGCCGGACUCGUCCUCGGUGGUUCUUCUUCUUCUGAGGUCUUUAUUCAGAUGACUACGUCGUCAAGGGAGGAAGGCUCUCACCGGGCAGAGAGUGCGGCAUUUCUUCCUCGGCCCGGCCAGCACCACCAUCAUAAUCACCACCACCAUCAUUUCCACCAGUCGGGGCAGCACCGCUCCGCCCUACUUCAUUCGGCGUCCUCGGCCGAGAGACGAGGCAGCAGGGACGAUGGUGGAGAUGAAGCAUCUGCUCCGGCUCCUGCUCUGUCCGAACUAAAAGCUGUGGUCACGUGGCUACAGAGAGGCUUCCCCUUCAUCCUCAUCCUCCUUAUUAAAGUCUGUUUCCAGCACAAGCUUGGUAUUUCAGUGUGCAUCGGCAUGGCUUGCACUUUCGCCUUUGCUAACUCUACUCUAAAGCACCAGGUGUCUCUGAGGGAGGCCAGGUCCAUCUUUGUCGCUUUUUGGAUUCUGGUGUUUCUAGCAGGCAACAUCGUGUAUGUUUAUUACACGUUCAGUGCCGAGGAGCUGCACAACAGUCUGAUAUUUGCCAAGCCGAACAUCAACAGUUAUGAUUUCUUCGACCUGAUCUGGGUGGUCGGGAUCACCGACUUUGUGCUCAAGUUCUUCACCAUCGCUGUCAAGUGCCUCGUUCUCUUCCUACCCAAAAUCCUGCUGGCUUUUAAAUCCAGAGGAAAGCUCUAUUUGCUUAUUGAAGAGUUCAGUCAGCUCUUUCGUGCUCUGGUGCCCAUCCAGAUGUGGUACAAAUACAUCAUGGGUGAAGAUCCAUCCAGCAGCUACUUCCUGGGUGCAGUGUUGAUUAUCAUCUACAGCCUGUGCAAGUCCUUCGACCUCUGCGGAAGAAUAUCGGGAAUCCGCAAAGCUUUCGUCGUGCUCUGUAGCUCGCAGAGUUACGGUAUGAGGGCCAGCACGCAGCAGUGCACUGAGGCAGGAGAUGUGUGUGCAAUCUGCCAGGCUGAAUUCAGAGAGCCAGUCGCUCUGCUCUGUCAGCAUGUGUUUUGUGAAGACUGUCUGUGCCUGUGGUUCGAUCGGGAACGGACAUGUCCUCUGUGCCGUGCGGUCGUCGUGGAAACGCCACGCAGCUGGAAGGAUGGCACCACAUCUGCACACUUUCAGAUCUACUGAUCAGACGUAACAUUAAAGUCCCAGUAAAGCACUGGUGGGGGGAUGGGUUGGUUGGUGUAUGGGGGGGGGGUGGUUUGGUGUUUGGGGGUUUGGUGUGGGUUUGUUGGGGGUGUUAAUCUAUUUUUGGAAAAGUUAUUCACACUUAAACAAUUUUUGGGACAAGUUAGAUAACUCGAGCUGCGUAAAAGUGUCACGUCCCACAGCAUGGACUUGUUUUUCUCCCAUCGGGGGGACGUUGCAUGUCGGAGAAAGGAAAAGUCUGGUCAGUUAUGCAGCGUCGACCUUUACUGUUUCUCCAUAACAGCAUUGUUUAUGUUCUGACCUUUACAAAUACUCUUAGCUUUUCUCAUGAUGUUCUCGUGCAUGAGGAGCUCUGACUGUAACCUCGUUCUUACUUCCUCCAUUAAAAGUCUUUUUUUUUAGUAAGA